CACAUGACACGUUUGUGCCCCAACUGCAAACAACAGAAUUCAGGGGAAAAAGAGUUGCUUUAUUUUAUUUUGUUUGACCCGCACAGAUUUUUUACUUUGUUUACUUUAUGCACCGGAAACAGAACUGUCCUCCCUCAGUCCAGCUUGACCGUGGACUAAAAAACUUCACCGACUUCUAUGUGUCAGGAGGCUGCGCGUGACAGGAAAUAUUAUUACUUAAAAACACACAAACUAAAUUUGAAGUCUGUUUCGAGGCCUGUUUUGUGUGUUCUGUGUGCACAGUCUGUAUCUUUUGAUUUGACCUAGAUGUGUUUUGAGUCGAGGGAGGCCACAGGUUUAAACGUAGCAAGCUCAUCCGAGGAGAUCAUUUAUAAUCCGAGUUUGCUAAUCCGUUCACACUUCUCCACGACGUCGCUGAAGAAGAAGAAGAGGAGCAGAAGUAGGAGGAGGAGGAGGAGAAGGAGGAGUGUGCUCCAGUGUUGCUGCUCCAAAGUCUAUCGAAAUAACAUUUUGAAGAACAAUUCUCCAACUGACCUGACACUCACCUCAGAUCAAAGCCUCGUUAAAAGUGGAUUAAAGUGAAAGUAGGCGUGAUAACUUUCGAGUCGUUGCCGGCUUCACGAGGACGUGACAAGGCUGUUAAACUGGAAAGGGGACACAAGCAACGGAGGAAGUGAAGCAGUUAUUCGUGGCAUGAAACCUCGACCCAGCUUUACUCCAAGGCAGGAAGCGACACGAUGGCAGCAUGCGGAAGGAGGACUCGACCCAGGUUACUUUUCUUCCUCUUUGGUGCCACUUUGCUGGGAUAUCUGAUAUUUUUUAGACACAACUCCGAGGACUUGAACGCGGCUAGUCGACGGGGGUCCCCUGAGAGGGAGAGGGAGAGGGAGGUGGACAAGGAGGAGGUGGUGGUGGCGGGGGGGAAUGAACUGCUGAAGAAGCCCGUCUACGAGAAGCCCCCCCUGGAUUUAAAUGCCCUGGGUGAGAUGGGGAGAGCGGUCAAACUGCACCUGACGGGCGAGGAGAAAAAGAAAGAGGAGGAAAGCAUCGAAAAGCACAAGGUUAACGUGUACGUCAGUGACAAAAUCUCGCUUCACCGCAGGGUGCCUGUCAUCUGGAACCCACUUUGCAAUGACCUGAAGUAUGACUACCGCUCUUUACCAACGACCUCCGUUGUCAUCGCCUUCUACAACGAGGCAUGGUCCACCCUGCUGAGGACUGUGCACAGUGUGCUCGAGACAUCGCCUGACAUCCUGCUGAAAGAGGUGGUCCUGGUGGACGACUACAGUGAUCGAGAGCACCUAAAGGAGCCAUUGGAAAGGUACAUCUCAGGUUUGAGGAAGGUGCGCUUGAUUCGCACCACCAAGCGGGAGGGGUUGGUGCGGGCCCGGUUGCUUGGGGCAUCCAUUACCACGGGUGACGUGCUGACUUUCCUGGAUUGCCACUGCGAGUGUCAUGAGGGUUGGUUAGAGCCGCUGCUCCACAGGAUCAAAGAGGAGCCUUCAGCUGUGGUGUGUCCAGUCAUCGAUGUGAUCGAAUGGAACACCCUCCAGUAUUUAGGCAACGCGGGUGAACCUCAGAUCGGGGGGUUUGAUUGGCGGCUGGUCUUCACCUGGCAUGUUGUCCCGGAGUAUGAGCAGAAACGCCGUCACUCACCCACCGAUGUCAUCAGGUCUCCUACGAUGGCAGGUGGUUUAUUUGCUGUAAGCAAGAACUACUUCCAUUACCUGGGAACAUAUGACACCGGGAUGGAGGUGUGGGGAGGAGAAAACCUGGAGUUUUCCUUCAGAAUUUGGCAGUGUGGAGGCAGCCUGGAGGUCCACCCAUGCUCCCACGUGGGCCAUAUUUUCCCCAACAAGGCCCCGUAUUCACGGAACAAAGCCCUGGCAAACAGCGUGAGAGCGGCUGAGGUCUGGAUGGAUGAAUACAAAGAGAUCUACUACCAUAGAAACCCCCACGCACGACUGGAGGCCUUUGGAGAUGUGUCAGAGCGGAGAAAGCUUAGAGAGAAACUAGGCUGUAAGACCUUCAGGUGGUUUCUGGAUAAUAUAUACCCUGAAAUUAACAUUCCAUCAGAUCGGCCUGGCAUGUUCGGAAUGCUUAAAAACCGGGGUAAGGUCAACUACUGCUUUGACUACAAUCCUGGAGAUGAACACAUUGUGGUGGGCAAAAAGAUCAUCCUCUACCCGUGUCACGGCAUGGGUCAGAACCAGUUCUUUGAAUACUCGACCGACGGCGAGAUCCGAUAUAGCACAAGGGAGCCUGGUGGAUGUGUUGUGGGGGACAACAUCAGCACCUACCUGACUGUCCAGCUGUGCAAGAAACGAAACCAACCCGUACCCGUUGAUCAGAAAUUUGUCCUCCGAGAGGACGGGACUCUGUACCAUGUGGCGAGCCAGAAGUGUGUUCACGCACUAGACAAGGAUAAAGACAGCGGGAGUGGAGCCCCAUCGCUCCAGCCGUGCUCUGACAACCUUCGCCAAAAGUGGUUCUUUGAGGAGAAAGCAUAAAAGCUUUGACGGCGAAUGUAUGUACACAUGAUGUCAUUUCAGGACCAACACACUGUGGUGGGAUAUCAAUGAACUGUGUUGUUUUUUUUGCGGAAAUGCGUGCCUUGCUCUGAAAAGGAGCCUAAAGGAGGAAAGCGAAAGUGCUCCCUUCCAAACUUCAUCUUUUGCACAAUCUCCUGCCAGCUGGAUUUAACUGAUCUAUAGGAAAAUAUAAUGUACAUGUAGGGAAAAAGAAAAUCUUGGUUGCUGUUGCUGGGAGACAGGAACCUGCUGGAAUAUGAAAUGUGUUUCUAAUCAAGGGGGUGUUUGAGAAUGGGUGAUGAGCUACAGAAAGUCCUUUUAUUCAUCUAAUUUACUUUCUUUUCCUUUACUCUCCUGUGCUGGUGAACUCUUGCAGAAUGAGACCAACAUGGAUAAGCUCUGACACAUGUGUGCUUUCAUUGAAAUAACUACUUAAUACCUCUCUCAUCACAUCCAGAGCCUGUUAGGAGUUAGUGGCAGACAUGACUGUGAUUUCUUCAUGACGCCAGUUAUUUCCAUCUUAUCCUGUAGAGGGCGCCAAAGCGCCUUGUUGCAUUCUAUUUUAUUCACCUGUGCUUUUUUUUUGUUUGUCAGGAGAAAAGUAGAUCAAAAGGUAUUUUGAGAACUUUUUUAGGACAUUUGAGUGCAUGUUUAGAUCACAGGCGUUAUGCAAACUAUUUGUUAUUUAAAAAAAAAAAAAAACAUCCAGCAUAUUGUACUUUGCCAUUGCAUCUUAGAUCUAUAGCUACUUUUUUAUGGGUUUAAUUCAUGUUGUGUAAAGUCUCUUUGUUUUAAAUUAUUUAUUUUGCGGACGACACAGAAGGACUGUCAUGUCGUAGCGUCGCUCGCCGCCGGUGAUGCAUCAGUGUGAAUGUUCGUUCAACGCUGGCGAGUGCAAAUGCAUAAACACUGAUGUCUGAUGUAACACAGAUUUGGGUCUUCGCCCUCAUCUUCCUCGUCUGCGUGGAACCUAUUGGAAGUGCCUAGUGUAAAAAGCCCAUGAUUCAAUCGUAUGACAUCGCUUCACCGUGACAGAAUCACGAGAACUGCUCUUGAAGGGAAUAUUAUUUGUCACAAAUGGGGUUUAAGUUGAGAUCUACAGUACACACACACACGCAUGUGCACCUGCUGAGGAGCGAGGAGGCGUUCCCAUGAGUAAACGUAUACACUCGGUGGGUUGUACUGAUUUGUGCACUCUGACUCUGUUUCCAUUCGUCACAAUUGGACAAGCAUAGAUUCCUCUGUCCCCAGCUGUGGUCACUCGUGAGACUGUCCCUCAGGCGAUGCGGAGGGACUGUGGGGAAACACGGCGGAGGAAGAGACAGUUGUUGGUGUCUCCAGAGUCCCGGGAUGGCAGAUGGCUUUCUGAUUGAUUUUCUGGUUCUCUCCCAAUUCUUUAUCACCACCUCUGUGAUUCUGUCUCGCUCUGUGUUUGAGGUGUGCAGUGGAGGACUUAUCUCUUGGACAGUUUCCAGCCAAAUCCUCCUCAGAAGAGCACUUUGAGGUUUGAAUUAUGAACUAAAGUCACCGAUUGUACAGUUUUUAACAGUAGAAGGAGAUAGUGGAGGCGUGACCUCUGUUUCCAUGUUACCAUUAACCUUCAGAGGCCAUUGACCCACGAGUCUCAAAGGACCGCUGUUGGGAAUUGAUGUUAUGGCGUGGUCGUGCUAAAUUAGGUAUUACUCACAAUACGGCAAAUGUGAGAUGGAGAAAUACCAUUGAGAGUGGAAUAGGAAGCCCUUACUUUGCCAUGUAUGAUGAAUGUACAGUAAUGUGAAUAACAUCAACACCUGAUCACUCACAAUGAACAUGGGUUUACACUUUUAUCACAGUGGGAAAGAGCUGCUCUGAGCAGGACGAAGCCAUGAAAUACAUUCCAAGCACGUCGCAGUAUGGAUUAAAUCCUCAGGUCAAAGUUCCACACUGGGCUUUCGCCGGCAUUACGUGCAGUUUACGGUUGUGGAGAGAGGAAAGCUUGGUUACAAACAGAUGAGAGGGAAGAUUAUGGUCAGCUUUACAUAGGAAGGGGCGUGUGGCAUCUGUCUGUAAACCCAAAAAGGGGCCAGGUGGGGACAAAGCUCGAUUGUGGCCCUAAUAGAAGUAAAUAAUAUGCACUGAGUGUCCGGGAAAGUCCUGAUAGUCCCAGGCAAUCCUGCAAACUCUUGAACUCUUCAUUAUCUUUCCAUGAUUCAGGACUCCGUGUCAUCCGUGGAGGCUGAGUUUCAGCAGGAGCAGGUGAAAUGGCUGUUUGAAUACAGUGCUCAUGCUUUAUGCAUCAAACACUUGUAACUUGAAGUGACAGCUUUUCCAUUUUUUUUUUUCUUGCGUCUUAAGCCUGUGAAGGCAGUAAAAAUAUUCCAUCUCAUUAUACAAAAAGGUUAUUUAUUGUUCACUGUGACCAUCUGUUUUUCCAGACAUGUCCUACAUACGGGACGGGGGACGGGGGGCAUUAUAUUGUAUGCUAAUUUGAUAUUCUACAGGCAGCUGCAAUAAAAUUCACAUUCGCCAGAAGGGGGGUCGUAUAUCUGGCAGGUUGUAAGGGGCUUUUAUGUCUCUCUUUGUCGUAAAGAGCGCUGAUAUUCUUGGGGUUCUGACAGGACAGAGCGGUGCUGUUUUGUACCUAAUUCUGUGUCACAAAUCCCAGCGGAAGUUGUUAAAAAUGCACAGAUAUUAAUGCUGGAAUUCAAGAAAAUGUCAGGUGUUGAUAACUCUGGUGGUCUGGUAUUGUUAGAGGAAAAUAAAUAAUGUAACAUAACCUCAUUUUUGUAUUGGUGGAUCCAAUAAAUGGACUAUAUCUGA